AUGAAUUUGCAUCCUGGAGAUAAGACUGCCUUCGUGGUCGGCAACGGUGCACUCAGGCACUGGAAGGGCGCUAGUGUGAACGCCACCGCUACUUUCCAAUGUGGCAGACUGAAGAGAAGAAGCCUUCGGCCUGCUCGCAGCGGCGGUGCGACACAUCUGAGUUCCCAGGAAAGCGGAGCGACCAACACGGUUCGUGAACAGGGCCAGCUAACCUCGGCACCAGGUAAAACACAGUCGCUGAGUGCUUUCGAUCGUCGAUCCUGGGAGCUAGCGCACGGCGAUAUGAACGAGGAGGACUCCUACGUACUGGACUUACCCGACCUUCCUCAUGACCUCGUCGGCACCCUGUAUCGAAACGGUCCAUCCAAGUUCACCAUUGGCUCUCGACGAAUGCUUCAUCCCUGGGAAGGUGAUGGAGCCGUUGCAGCGUUCACGCUGCGCGGAGACGGAACAGUAUGGUUCCGCAAUCGUUUUGUUCGAACAGAGGGCUACUUAAAAGAGCGUCGCGCCGGCUAUCAGCUCUACCGCGGCACUUUUGCUACACCGCUGCCGGGUGGAAUCGUGACCAACGCGUUCCGCCUUGAGCAAAAGAAUCUCGCCAACACAAACGUGAUCUACCACGCGAACCAGUUGCUUGCCUUGUACGAAGGCGGCCUGCCCUAUGAGCUGCGCCCUGAUACGCUCGAAACGAAGGGCGUCUUCAGGCUCGGGGGGACGCUCACCGGCCCCAUGCCGAUGUUCACCGCACACCCGCACGUCGAUCCACUUCGCCGGGGACGCCUCGUGGGGUUCUCCUCUCGGAUGCAUUUGAAUGGGUUACGGAUCCGGUUUUUGGAAUUCGCAUCAGAGAAUUGGAAGCUAUGCUCGGAACGAACGGUGGACAUUGAUGGAUUUGGUUUCUUCCACGAUUUUAUGAUCACGCAGCGUUACUAUAUUUUGCUGCAGGCGCCACUGCGCUUCCAUCCGCUUCCUUUCGUGCUCGGACUCAAGUGUCCAGGAGAGUGUAUUACCUGGGAAGGGGAUCGAAUGCCGACGCGUUUGCUGCUGAUACCUCGCGACGACCCGGGUGCACCUGUGCGUGAGGUUCUGAGUGAGACCUGCACAGCGUUCCAUUUUGUGAACGCCUACGACGACGACGACGACGACGCUGUUGUUCUUGACGCUUGUCGAAUGGAUCGGUUGUUCCUGGGAGAGACUCGUCGCCAUCGAAACGGAUUGUCGCGCACGCAGCGUGUCGUGGAGGCAGUCGAUUUUGGGACCCAAGUUCCCAAGUGCAGCCUUUGGCGCUGUCGCAUACCGACUCGCAGCGGCAGCGGAACGCAGCGCGCAACCUGGCGUGAGGUGAAUACGACGCACGUUGACUUUCCGGUGGUGAACCCGAGCCGCCUUACGCAGCCGUAUCGCUAUGUGUACAUGGGGGCAAGCGCACUUGGCACGGAGCCAGGCCCUCUCAAGAACAUCAUCAAGGUCGACGCCGACACCGGCCAGACGCUAGCUACGUGGCAACCGCCAUCGGUCUACGAAUUCGCUGGGGAACCAGUUUUUGCGCCCCGCUUGAUCGAACCUGAUAAGGAAUCAGCGGAAGAUGACGGUUACAUACUCAGUGUGGUCAGUGACGGGUUGCAUCGGAGCACAUACUUGGUCAUUCUUGAUGCCUCGGAUCUCAAGCUCGUUUGCAAAGUGCCCCUACGAACGUUUCUUCCCAUGGGACUGCACGGUACGUGGACGGCGCAGGUUUUCCAACCCCAGCCCAAACGUCGCACAGUUCAGGAUCUGUUCGAGAGCAAGAACUGGAACGAAGUGGAUAGUUCACUACCCUUGUUCAGGUUCUGA